GUCUCCAUGGCAACGGGGGGCGGGUCCGCGGGGGCUGCCGGGAGCCGCUGUGCGCUGACAGAUCCAGGGUCCCCCGCUGGGAUGGAGGGUCACAGCGAAGCGGCUGCCAAGGAGGAGGAGGAGGAGGAAGAGGACGAGGAGGAAGGGGUGCGGAUCACUCCCCAGCUGCUGAAGGCCGCCACCGGCGAGUUUGCCCUGGAGUCCAUCCUGCUGUUGCGGCUGCGGGGCCGCGGCAUCGCGCACUUGGGCUGCCUGGGCGACUGCACCAACCUGGAGUGGCUGGACCUGUCCGGUAACACCAUCACCCAACUGGGGCCGCUGGCUGCCCUCCGCUCCCUCGCCGUCCUCAACCUGUCCCGCAACCGCGUGUCCAGCCUGGAGCCGCUCGCCUCCUGCCGCAGCCUGCAGAGCCUCAACCUGGCCGGCAACCUGGUGAGCAGCCUGCGGGCGCUGCGGUGCCUGGCGGGGCUGCGGCGCCUCGAGAGCCUGCGCCUGCGUGACCCCCUUGCCCGCCUCGACAACCCGCUCUGCUCCGGGGCCGCCUACCGCGACGCGCUGGCCGACAUGCUGCCCAGCCUCAAGGCCAUUGACGGCGAGCGGGUGGCCGGCCGCGGCAGCGAGCUCUACCAGCUCUGCCGGGAUCUCGACAGCUCGCUGGGACACAGUGCCGGUGGCGGUGCCGGUGCUGACCCGCCCCGCGCGGCUCAGCCCUGGGUAGAGGCCGGGUUCUGGGAGCCGCGGCCGCCGCGGCGCAGCUCCAUCAUGGAGGAGGCGUACAGGCAGUUCGGGGAGGUGCUGCGGGAGUGCCGGGAGCUGGGCCGCCGCGCCGACGACACCAUCGCCCAGGCGGAGCGGGCGCUCAGCACCCGCCAUGACCCCAGCUCCUUUGUCUUCUGAGCCACGCCGUGCCCGGAGCCGAGAGAGGAGCUCAGGGAAUGGGCAGCUGGGGCAGCACCAGAGGCAGCCAUGGGGCCGCUUGGCUUUACUCCAUCACUGGGGCUCCGGGCUGGGGGCUGACCAGGGCUCCCUGUGCCUGGUGGAGCAGUGAGGGGAGCAGCGAUGUCCUUGGAGACCUGGGGCCAGCCUUGGGCUAUCCAGGCUGUAGGGCUGGGAGGUGACACACAGGGACGAGGAGAUGGUCUGGGAAUGUCAUGAGGACAUUGUGGGGACCAGGGAAUGUCAAUGGGACAUCGUGGGGACCAGAGGAUGUCAUGGGGACAU